AUGUCUGAAGAAACCAAAUCAGCUGCUAACAAAGUAGAAGACUCUACUGUUAAACCUCCAACUGCUUCUGUGUUUUCUAUGUUUGGUGGCAAGAAGCCAGAAACUGCUAAGAAGGAAGAAGAAAAGGACUCCGGCAAGGAUAGUGUUGAACCCAAGAAGGAAGGUGCUGAAGAAGAUGCUCCAGAAUCUCCAGAUGUUCACUUUGAACCUGUUGUCACCUUGGAGAAAGUAGAGGUUAAGACAAUGGAAGAAAACGAGGAAACAUUAUUUAAGGUGAGAGCUAAAUUGUUCAGAUUUGAUGGUGAAGCUAAGGAGUGGAAAGAAAGAGGUACUGGUGACGUCAAGUUCUUGCAGAACAAGGACACUAAGAAGGUUAGAUUAUUGAUGAGAAGAGACAAAACACUAAAGGUUUGUGCCAAUCACUACAUAUCACCAGAGUAUGUGUUGAAGCCAAAUGUUGGCUCCGACAGAUCUUGGGUAUAUUCAUGUACCGCUGAUAUUGCUGAAGGUCAGGCUGAAGCUUUUACUUUUGCUAUCAGAUUUGGUAACAAGGAGAAUGCAGAGAAGUUCAAAGAAGAGUUUGAAAAGGCACAGGAAAUCAAUAAGAAAAACUAA